AUUUUUAGUACCGACAAUUUCACCGCUUCCGCGGUAAAAGCGAACGACCAAGCGAUAGAGUAUAUUUCAAGCAUAGGUGAGUCGCUAAAUUUGAACGUCUGUUUGUUUAAAAGAUUAUCUAACUCGUGCAUACGAUGCUGGAAUUGUAAAGAUGUUUGAACUAACCAAACAAGCUUACUGCUUUUGAUGUUUUGAAGAGCUCACUGCGGGUUGUAAAUUUGAGUUCUUCGGGUUAUUUAAAUGUCUUUACUCUCUUAAGAAUCCAGUUAUCAGCGAUCAUCUCGAGAAAUAUAACAAAUCCAGUUGUAAGCUCAAGUGAGCUUACAUCGUUAAGUUUAGCUUAUGUCGCGCGCAGCCGAGGCCGUUCGGUUAUGGCGGAAAUUUCCUAAUGUUGUGCAACCUAGGUUUUUGUUCGAUCUUUAAAAUUACAAAACGUACUAAUGCUGGAAUUCCAAUGCGUCUAGGCUUUUCGGUUUAGAAUGCUUUAGCCUAGAGCCAAAAAGAAAUUUGCAUACUAUUUAAAAUUGCUUGAGUUACAUGCAUCGCCGGAAGGGCUUCACUCGUUACUCAACAGGCUUAUUAAAUUUGGCUGGCAUAAAAAUGUUUAAGUCUGUCUUCCUCUGCCACUAUAUCGGCAAAUGUUGGCAUUUAGUUCUUCGGAAAAGUUAUUUCAGUUAAACUAUUGCAGCAAACUUUGAAACGUUCUAUGAAAAAACGCCUGAGAAAUGGCAAAUUUCAUAUUCCCUAAGCUUAUGGUUAAGAAAAUAAAAAAAAAAUUCUCAAAGGGGCAGGUUAUGAAAGAUUCGAAAUGAUGCUUGUAAUUCUUGGCUCACGCCGUAUGUUUUUAAUUUACCCAAAUUAUCCAUGAAUUUGUAUCAUAUUUCAUAUUGCCUCAAAGUUAACCAAAAUGGAAACAACAGAUUGUUUUUUUAAAGGUUGUGGAAUGUUCGUUGCACUUGAGUAACUGGAGAAUAUUUUAAUAUCCAGGUUACACUGUUCUUUAUCAAUGUUUCUAGUAGGAUUUCUUUGAUAAAAGAAUUAUAUAAUUUACACAAAUUCUUGGGAAGAAAUAAAAAUUACUUGUCACAAAACACAAAACUGAUUGUCAAAAAUUUGAAAAGACCUUGGAAACCACAGACAAAAGAGUUAUUUCACUAAAAGAAAUAACAAUGCCCUUCAUUAAAAAUCCUGCUUAAUAAGUAACACUUUUAAGAGGAUAUGCAAUGACAUUCCUUAUUAAAAGUUUUCAUCAACUAAUUUACACAACACAUGUUCCGUAUUUUUUUGAUCUGGUUUUUAGUAUACAAUUCAAAGUAACUUAAUUACCCUUGUACAGUUCUACAGAUAAUACAUGAAGGCUGGUCAAUAAACAAUGUUACAUUUUGUUUAUUUUGUAAGCCCCACAGAAGGGGAAGUGAAUAUUAGAAAAUGAAAGUGAGUAUAAUAUCUGUAGGCAUCACCUGUCAAAUCAUCAAAUAAAGAAUUCAUUAUUAAUUUUGACUUCCUAAUUUUCUAACUUGUAAGCAACCUUUUCUAUUUACAUGGUAUUUUCUUGUACAUAUUCCUUUUUUACUGAUAUAAUCACAAACAUUACAAUUUGAGCUGCUUUGUGCUUUUUGAUCAGUUUACCUCAUUUUCUAUACACUCACAGUUCUUGCAUAUUCGCUGCCCAUGCACAAUAAAAAAGAAAACUUUCAUGGUCAAAUAUUGCACCUGGUUCCUAUACAGUUCUGAGAUUGACAGUUUUAACAAAAUUUCAAAAACAAAAUGGGCACAUAGAGUUCCAUGUGUUUCUGUGACCUUUAGACUGUACUGUAAAGUGCCUCACAUCACAUUAUAUUCAUUCAGUGGCAUUGGCUGUAUGGGAUCAAUCCCAGACAAUGAAAUCAUGACCAUCUUGUACUCUCAAAUUACUGGUAAACAGGGCUCAAUUGGAUAUGCAACUGGAUUUUUUGUUGUGUGCCUAAAAAUAAAAAUUCAGGUGUAAUCACACCUGUGCGCCAUAAAACCCAAAGCACAGUGCAACUGACUUGCUUCUGACCAUGCUUACUCGAACUAGAAAGAUGUUAAACAGUAGCUUCAUGCAAUGAAAGUAAAAGUAACGUAAGAAUAGCACAACCAGGCUCUAAAUAGUAAAGUUGCUUUGUUUUUCUUUUAUCUGUGUAUGCUGAAUUCGUCCUUUCCCCCAAUGGAUUCCACAAACUCGAAUGACAGUUCAUUUUCAUUUGCAUGUUUUACUCCAUCCCAGACUCUUCUGCAAUAAACACAUGCAAAUAUGCUACGAACGAAACACAUGCUUUUUGCGCAAUGGACAGUUAUGUUGAACGUUAAGUUUUAAGGUCAAUCAAAACAAAAACAGUCAGGUUAAGAGCCUUUUUUUCCAGGUAGGAAAGUUUUUAAGUCAUAUCCCAGUUACAUGUAAGUCAUUGUGCAUUUUACAAAUUCAUCAAAGAUUAAUUUUCAUUCUCGUUCGACAUACUCAUUGUUGUCAGUUUUGAAUUUUUUUUUUCAAGUGUAAGUUUUCUUUAGUCACAACUGUACUGUCAAAAAGAGAAAUAUUAUUAGUAUUAAAAACCACAACACUAUUACCGCACUGCAAAUUGGCUGUGUUUGUCAAUCACACAACUGAAAUAAUAAACAUGGCACUGUUAAGCUUUUUACUUUUUCUUUUGAAAUAGAAUUGCUCCCAACAUUAUAACCUGUGCUCCUAAAAUUUUCAGUUGUGCACCCAAAAUUUUGGCAGUGCACUUAAAAAUUUACAUCUGGUAGCACAAGUGCUCCCAAACUCAAAUUUAAACUUUGAGCCCUGGUAAAUACCACCUGGUGAUAUUUUUCAGCAUCCAGAAAUAGAACUUAUAAUAGAGGUUUCAUGUAUAGAGUGUUUUCACAUGACAUCAUGGCGGCCAUAUUGGUUUCCUAAAACAAUGAAACGGCGGCCAUGUUGGUGUCCCAAACUAAACCUUUGGGAAUUGAACUCUUCUUCUUAUGUGAACACUUUCUUUUGUUGCAAUAAAUUUGCAUAGGCAAUCUUAGUAGUGGGGAGUGGAGGGGUGCAAAAAAUCGUGUCCUUGGUCUGAAUACACUGUAUAAACCUGUCUUUUUGUAUAUUGAAGAGGAUAGCCAUGUCCCUGUCAGUUUGUUUAGUACUAUUACAAAAUUGUAUUUGCACUUUUCUUUGUGGCUGUCACAUUUUAAACUUAUCUUAGUGUCUUUUGUCACCAUAAUUUAUUUUCAUCUGUUAUGUUGCUGCUUCAAGGCAUCAACUUUUCUUAAGGAAAAAGGAAACAGCUAACUAGCAAGUACUAGGUUUCCUAAAGCUUCUCAUGACAAAUUUUUCUGUUAUAUUUUCUACGAAACAGCUGAUGAAAUAUGGGAAUCACUGUUAUUUGCUGACUCAUUGGUUACCACCUCUCAAACUGGCAGGGUAAGUGUGUGUACACAGUCAAACCUUUAUUAAUUUUGUGACCACCUCUCACAAGUGACAACCUCCCAUAAGAGGCUACUGUAGUGUCCAAAACACCAAAAUUUUUUUCAGUCAAAUCCUCUGAACCUGAAUUAUAAACAACCACCUCUCAUGCCGUUCAGGGUACAGCUGUUUUGAGAAACGUUGUUGGAAGAAAUGUGCACACAACAAUCCCGAAAGUUAAUACUGGAUACGGUAUGAUCAAUACACUGUUUCUUGACACUGUAGCUGUCUAACCUACUUUUGUUAUGUUGCUUUAUUACUCACAAACAUACAUAUGUACCAUCCAUGGUCUCUCGUGCCGCUCUUCCUUAUUUCUUUGAAAAACAGUGAACUCAAAACCACCCACAAAACCUUUUGGGAUUGUCACGUGCACUUUUUCUGACAACCUUUCUCAAAAUAGUUGUAUAUCAAGAAUUUUCAGUGACAAUGUGGAACUGUACUUAAAUGUAACUUAUGCAUUCAAUGAAUAAUUUAUUGAUUAUUAUUACUGUAUCUUCAAAAACUUAGAUGUGUCAGGACCUCUUCUUUUUAGCGACCAACUUCUUUAAUCCUUUAAGUCCCAAUAGUGACCAACAUCAAUAAUUAUCUCCUAACAUUAUCCAUACACUCUCAAGAAAUACAUCUAAGUUAUGAGAAUUAAUAAAAUGAACACCCAAGAGAGAAUGCCUUGAUCUAUUAUCAAAUUCUCUCAACUAAUUCUUUAAGGAAAUGUAUAGAGAUCAGUUUGGAGAAUGUGUAUGUGGAUACUGGGGCUUAAAGGGUUAAACUACCAUUAAAUCUUUGCAUUUUGGGUGGUUACUUACAUAAUGUACAAAGUUCUGUAAUUUUUUAUUAGUCUCUCCUUCAGUUACAUACAGAAUGAAUACCACAGGUUAAGAUAAUUUUGUCAUUACUUGCCACACACAUAAUUAAUGAGAAUUGUUCUGUACUGAGUGUUUACAAAAAGUGACGUAAUACACUGUACUUUUUUAUACUCUUCAUUAAAGGAAAUAGGUGAAAUGACAGUAACAGUGGAAAAUGCCACUUGGAGAGGAAAGCCAUGCUAUCUUGUUCAUGCUAAUAGCCAUGGAAGUGUUGAUCAAGUACCUAUAGGCACAUCUGUCACAGGUACAGUGUAGGUACAGGCCUGGAGGGUACUUUUGGAAUUUUUGGGUGGGGAUGUGUCACUGAGACUCUGUAUCACUUAGCCUGUACUAGACCUAGUUCAGAUGAAUUUUGCUACCCUAUUUGAAAGUCUUUAUCCAAAAUAUCAAGGGUUCCAAUUGUUUCUCUUUGACUUCUCACUUCAAUUUCCGUUUGUCAGUUAUGAUGCAAGUCAAUUUUUUGCGAUUGUAUAAAGCCAGAGAUGGACAAAGGUUCCAAGAAUUAUUUUGAUACCUAUUUGGAUUGCAUCAAUAAUAUCUUGUCCUUGUUUUUUCAGCUUAUGUUGGAAGAACACUUCAGACAUUCGAACAAACCCACUAUGAAUAUGUCAAGGUACAUUAUUUGAGAAAUUGCAGCUUUUGUGAAUGAAAGUUUAUUUCAUCAGUGAUAUGCUAAUAUGGUAGCUUCCUAUAAUAGUCACUCAAAGUUACAGUAUAGGUUUUUUCAGGGUUGAUUGACUAAUUGUCAAGGAACUUGACAUUGCUUUUAUCCUAUCAUUGCGGAUCAUCAUAUAUAGCGUGUGCAAAAAUAGUUGGUAUCCUGAAAUUUUUAUCCUAUUAAAUUUUUACUAUUAUGCUUGUUUUUUGUAAGAGCUUGUGGAUGUUAACAUUGUAAAAAUUAACAAAUUUUAAAAUUAGCCAAGGCCAAAAGCGAAGCUCUUGUGGUAACUUACUUUCUGAAGUUAAGUUUUCCUAGCCUGCGAUGACUUUAAUACAAUAACUAGUCAGUGGAGAAGUCUAAAAAGAACACAUCACUUUGAUGAGUUGUACACCUGAGCCUGUGAUACAGUCAUGUGACACUUGGCAGCAGAUACCCUAUUUUGACAGCUGUCAAGUGGUCAUGACAUGGUCAAAGUAGUAGACUUUUUACAUCUGCUAACAUGAAGGGGCAGAUGUACGUACCUAUAGAAGAUUCUGUCAGAACACAAGAAUAGCCAAAUUUUCUUAACCGUGGUGCUCUGCUAAAAUAUAAUAACUUUAUUUUGUUAUAACAUAUCUCUCUAUGUUGACAUCAGAAAGCUCUUAGAAAAAACAAUUCAAAAGAAUCUACAGCAAGGUGCCAAAAUCAAAAGGCCACCCUCAUUUAAAUUGUAUGCUACAUACAUAUAUGUAAAGUAAGGGAUACCAGCAAUCAGUUGCACUGCAGAUCUGCACCUAACCUGACAAGAUUGUAGCCCCAGUUUGCUCCCCACUUUGUGUCAUUUCUGUUUGGUAAAAGCUAUAAGAAAAAUGCGAUUGAGUUAGUUUCUACAUAAAUUAUACUGAACUUUUCUCUUUGUUCUGUUUAGAUACCAGAUAACCCACUAGAUAAGAAAACUCUGAUAGAACUUGACGAGGAUGGUUCAUAUUCUGUGAAAAAGACUAUUUCACAGGGAGAGGUCUGUAGCACGUAUUAGAUAUUUUACCUCAGAAAAUAGCUGAAGUUGACAGGCAGCAUAGUACUUUCCCUAAUUUUGUACUGAAAAUAUUUUUUGAAAGAGGGGAAGUUGGUACUUGCUGUAUGUGUCACCUGUAUCAGGUUCAAAUGAAGUGGGAAGUGUUGUGUUGAUGAGUGAGUGAAAUUCAUUAUUUAUUUUAUUUUAUUGGCCGAGUUGGUAGGAUAGAUGGGCAACGGCCUCAUAGGAAGAUUGAGGUACUGACAUUAUAAUUGCUAGCACCUCGUCACAGCAAAUCAGAGCUUAUAAUCAUGAGUCAGAGCAAGCUGUGUGUCAGUGGGAGGUGCAUGAGGAAUGUAAGGCACAAAUGAAACCAGUGGCACUGGCUAAGAGAUUUAACAUGUAUGUUCAGCGUGGAUGACUGGAAGAACAUUACCUUGUAAUAUUAUUAGAAAAUAACUUAGUUACAGUAUAAAUAGGUAUUUUAUGAACACAAUAGCUGCCUGAAUAUAAGCAUCAUCUAGAGGGUGUAUAAAAUGUACUUUCAGGAAAUGCAAAGAACAGAUACAUAUUACAAAAAGGACCAGUUUCAGGGCUUCAUAUCUGAAGGUCAGUUGUUGCGAGAUUUAUAUCUAAAGUUUAACAUUUUAUUUCUCCAAAAGAGAUACCUGUAAAAAAUAGACGUGGAGAGCUGAGACAUUUUGUGGGGCAUGUAAUAAAACACUGUGUGGACUAAACAUGUAAGCGUGGUUCUCAUAUGCUAACAAUGUAACUGUGAGAUAACUGUGCCGCCAUUACUAAUUGGGAAAUUGCCUCCUCGGAAACUGUGAUGGCUUAUGGGAACAUACACCACUGGCAAUGAGAAACGUUGCAGGUCUUUACUGCUGGUACAGGUGCCUGCAAAGUUGAACUCACUUUAGCUUAGCAUGCACACCAGUGGUAAAGACUUGGAUUGCCUCUGUUACCAACAACUUUUGUCCUCACAUUUUGGAAACUGUAUCCCAUGAUCAUAAUAUCUUAUGGUAUCUUAUCAUGCAAUAAAACAUGCAUAGUUUUACACAUUCUUUGACCACCAAAAACACCAGGCACUUUGACUUUAUUAUCCACUAACUUGUUCAUUUGUAAACUAUUUGAUGUUCCAUGGUUUGCAGCUGAAGCGCCGAAGAGCUCACAACCUGUAUGUUUACAUAUUUGAAGCAAAAGACAACUCAGCACUAAGCAAACUAUUACUUUUAACAGACCAGGAUCAUUUCCAAGUGUCCUACCUCAAAUAAGGCCCUUUAAAAUGUGAAAUCAAGAAAUAAGCAACAAAAAGUAUUUAUUACUCGUUAGGUGAUGAGCUCAAUAUGUUUUUCGUUUUCUUUUUCAGGGUCAAAUCUUUUGCUGCAAAGAAUCAUGGCCAAGAAAGGUGUUCCAUCCGAUCUAACAUUUGUUGCAUUUGACUCAACAACCAGUCUUUGUACAUCAUCAUAUGUAAGUCUGAAAAAAAAAAUGGUGUCGUUUUAUGUUUAUGCUUGUAGUAGCACCCCUUAACAUAGCUAAAUCACAAGGAUUUACUGUCAUCCUGAACUGAUCUACAAUCUUGCACAUGAUGUAUGGCAAAAAUUAUAUUCCUCCCCUCCCUCUAAACCCAAACCAAGAAGAGGAAAAUGGCACGUUUUGGCUUUUGCACGGCUUCAUCCUCGAUUUAGGGGAGGGAUGGGGGGAUUCUGAGAUUGUAGUCUCUUUCGCUGUGGGAGAUACGAGUUCUUAAAGGUGGUAAGCGGGGGAAUAGGAGGAGAUUAUACAACAAAUAAAAUGCAUAGCAUUUUGCAAUCGAUAAAGAGGCAAGAAAAAAGGGGGCGGUAGCCCUGUCUCCCUCCACACUCAAGGACAGCAGCACUUGAAAGUCGCUAAUUUUCUCUCCUCCCUCCGCCUGUCACCUUCCUCGCAGAGGCAAUUUUCGCACAUGCUUGGAAACAAUUUUGUUAAAGUACGUGAUUGUACACGGGCUUGAGCGGCUCUUUACCCCGGCUGCAACAAGGCAGUUCGGGAAAUCGUAAAGACACUUUUAAGUACAUUUCUUUGCCGUUUCUUGUACGAUGAAGAGGUGAAAUUCCCCAGUGCGAGUUUUUAUGGAGGAUAUAAACACAUAACGGGAAUUUUUUUCUUUCUCUUUCUGAACUUCGAAUAAUUCAGUUAUUGUAAUUUACACUUUUGUUUGACAAAUUUUACCAGCUGAAAUAAUCGCUGCCGUCGCUGUCAUAGUUCCUUAAGCUUAGAAGUGAAUUGGACUGAGUGAUCCUCUAAGUUAGCCUCUGCACCUUUCCUUCAACUUAUAACAAGUAAUCCCCAGCUGUACAAACGGUGCACUGUUGUUUACCUCACAUUGAAAUGCUAAUUUUCCAACAGAAAAUGCUCGGUAAAUCUAGUCGGAAGGUUGGCGGACAGCACGUAACUGUAACAGGACUUCAAAGAACAAUUCACUCAAUACAGGAGUCUCCUACAACCUGGGAGUCUUAUUUCUUGUCCACUGGGUAAGUUCGAAUUAACUUUAAUAUGCUUCUUUAGCCAAAAACCAAGUCUUAGACAACACUCCUUGUCAGCCUAGAAACCAGUGUAGUUCCUAACUGACCCUAACUUGCUACUAGUUUAAGAACCUAAAAUUAGGAUGAUAUAUAAACAUUUCGUGGAGGCAGCGUGGCCGAGCUGUUAGAGCGCUGAACUUCCAAUCCGAAGGCCUCGCGCGACUUCAAGUCCCGCCCUGACCGCUAGCUGAAUUUGUUCACGGUAAUCCUGAGUUCAGACCCUCGGCCACCCUUGUAAACUGGUUUGCCAACUGGUUUGCCUUCUACCAGCUGGGAUUUUUAACCUUUCUCUGAUUUUAUUUGUUUCAUUAUCACUGAAAAACCCCAGAAGGGGAGAGUAUAAUUAAGUAUUUAAUUAAGUUUAAUUUAAUUCGUUGUGCAGCGUUGUUGCACAGAGGAAGAAUUUGUGUAAGUAGAUACCAUUACACCGGAAACUCAAACUUAAAGAGUUCACUUAAUGGCGUUGCAAAUGGUUUUGGGAAGCGUUUGCACCAGGUAUAAUAGACCUUGUCACGGUUUUCGACGCCGUCUUGACGAGUAGGCAAACAUGUGCGAAAUUACAGUGUUUGUAUGAGAAUCUAAUGUCGAAUAAUUUCCGCAUAACGGCCUUUCAGAAAAAAAAUAUAAAUUGUAAACUAAAGCUACAAAAAAUUUGGGGGGCGUAUCUGUGCUUAAGUUUCUUCAGACGCUUUAGACUUUCUUACAGACAAAUGUAUAGAAAAUUUAAAAACGUGGCUGCAGGUCUUCUACAGCAUGUAACGCCCUCAAAUUUUUUCAAAAAAUCCUUAGGAGUGAAGCUUUAGUUUACAAUUCAUAUUUUUUUCAGAAUAGCGGAUAUUCUACGGAAAUUAUUCGACAUUAGAUUGUCAUACAAACACUGUAGUAAUUUCUCACACGUUUGCCUUCUCGUCAAGAUGGCGUCAAAAACUGUGACAAGGUCUAUUAACUAAUAAAGAAGCCUUGACUGUGCUCUGUGCUGUCGGAAAGCACGCAGCAAACGGCAGAAGCACGAAAGAAGUGUAGCGGGAAACACGUAGUAGAGUAGUCGAGUGUUCCUCCCUACUUCUUGAGUGUUCUUCCCACUUCACGCUUUUUCAACCAAUCAGAGUGUUCGUUGUAUGUGAACUUUGUUAAAAUACAUGUAUAACAGUCUGGAACACUCACUAUCUUUUAGUUUUAGAGGUUUUGCCACUUUCAUCUCGGUUUUAUCGGUCAAAGUUUUGAACGCCUAGGCUUCUAAAUUUUCGUAUAGUUCCAUGUGAACGGAACAGGUAAACGCACAAGUUUUCAAGCGGCCGAAAAUUCAUGGAUCAUUAUACGUUUCUGGGAAACUGCCCACCUACCCCUCCCCUAAGCCAACAUUUUGCCCUAAGUGAGAAGUAAGUGUUAAUGUUGGCUUAUGGGAGGGGUAGGUGGGCAGUUUCCUAGAAACGUAUACAAAUUCAACCGGUACCGUGUGAACCUAGCCUUUUGACUGCCUCGCCAAAGGCAUUAUUAGGGAGCUUUAGCAACGACGACGACGGCGGCGACAGCAACGACAGCGCCAAAGAAAGGAAUGGGUUUGUUAAGCAAAACAACAACUUAGCACGUGCAUCACGCUUUUUUGUACAUUUCUUUGCCGUCACUGCACGACUAUGACGUGAAAAUGCCUGAUUUCACGCUUUUUGGAGGACGUAAACAAGCGAAGACGAAUUUUUGUUUCUCUUUGUAAACUUGAGUGCCGUCCCCAAGAAAUCGACUCUAGGGAAAUUCGCCUACAUUUGACAUUUUCAGCGGAUUGGAAUAAACGCGACAACGUUUGAAAAAGCGCGAAUACCUUUUCAAAGUGACGUUUUCGAUGCCGUCGCCGUCGUCGAUGCUAAAACUUCCUAUUAUUAGCCUGCGUUUCAGCUGGCUGUUUUGAGUGUCAGCGACGUCCUUUCUUUCUUUUUGUAGGCAUUUGGCAAGUAGAACACAGCUUGGAUCGCAA